UUUUUGGGUCUCUUCUAUGCUAUGCCAUAAUUAUUUAGUUCUGUUUCAUGCUAUGUUUGUGAGCAACGAACGAGGAAUAUCGUCGGGAUGGCCAGCAGACAGUCGUACAGUAUCGUGGAAUAUUACACGGAGUACGAGGGCUAUCGGUGUGGCUACUGCAAGAGCUCUACCACGAAUUUCAGUUACGGUAUGUGGGCGCACACGUUGACGAUGCAAAACUAUCAAAGUUUGAUUGACAGGGAUUGGAGACAGAGCUGCUAUUGUUAUAAACCCAGGAUGAAUCAGAUCUCAGUAUACCAUUAGAUGCUAAAUUUUAGAAUAUCAAAGUCUCAGAAAAAAAUUCUAAAAUGCAUGACUAAAUUUUUGAAAAAUAGAUUGACGAAUGAUAAUUCUGGAGGUACAAAUGAAGAUCAACAAGAUAAUAAAGAUAUAAGCAAUGAAGAGGCAUUAAACUAUCCUAAACAUUUGACAAAAGCGCAGAAAGAUAAAUCUCCGAUUGAUGUUUCAUCCAUUGAUGAUGAAGUCUGUGGAAGAUUGUCCAUUAAUUCAGUGAAAAUGGAAACUCAGAAAAAAUUGACUUCUGCAUUGAGUAGCGAUCAAGCGCAGUUAACAAAUUCCAACAGCAAAAACAUUAGAAGUGAGAUCACGGAUGUGGUACCUUGCAAGAAGGCCAAAUUAUUAUGCAUACAACAUAAGAAAAAUAAGUUGCUGGCUCAAGGUAAAUCACAGAGUGAAAUCGAGCUUAUUAUAAAAGAAAAGAAACAACAAAAUUACGUUAAGAAGGAAAUGGAAGAAUUGUUCGAGGAAGUAUACACUAGAGUAAAGAAGUUAGAGGUAAUACAAUAUCAACAUUAAACUUCCAAACUUUAGUCUUUAUUAGAUGUUUUCUAAUUCUUAUUACUUAUGAAAUAGAUGUUUUUUUUAUUUAUUGCAUGUUUUUAAUAUGGUUCUCUUUUCUCCAAUUUUUAUCAUAUUAAAAAUAGGUAGUAAAAUAAGUUGAAAAUUUAAUAAUAGCUGUAAAUAUUUGUUAAAUAAUGCUAUUAUUAAACUGGCUCUAUAUUAAAGGUUUAAUGUGUUACAUGUUUAAUUACAUUGCAACCACGAAAUUGAAUUAUAUCAUUUUUCUGUUUCUAUUUUACUCGAUUUUGAUCUGAUUAUAAACUAAUCGCAAUGAGUUUACGUGUAUCUUAUUACAAUAGUUAUUUUCUUCUUUGUCCAAAUAGAGAUUAUUGUUAAGUUAUUUAUUUUUGUAAAUUGAGAUUGAUUUGAACUGCCCCAAUGAGCUCCGAAUACCUAAAGAUUUCGAAAGAAUCUUAUGAGCUUUACAAAAAGUAUCAGAACACUGUACAUGGUGUGUCGUUUGAUAAACUCACAGAGCAAUUUUUCUAAAUCAUAUUGUUUAACAUCUAUCGUAUUUAGGUAAAACUAUCCCUACUUUCGAUUUAAAUUACACAUUUUUUACUGUCAGAAUGUUAAGUUUAAAGUUUUAUAAGUUUUGCAUUGUAAUUAUAAGAGCAAAAUGUAUUGGAUAUUUGGUAUUAGAGAUAUAAAAUUUCAAAAUAUAA